GUGAAGUUUUUUCGGAAUUGUUAAUUUUAUAUAAUAUGAAUAGAAAAUAAUUUUCAAAUUUCGUUAAAUUAAAAAACGUGUCUUACCCGUAAUUUUUAAAUUCAAUGAAAAGCUGUAAUAGAAAUAAAACUGUAAAACUGAGGAAACGACGAGUAUUCCGCCACGAGGUCAAUCAUUGUUCGCCGCCAGUCAGCCACAUUCAGUACUACAUGUUUGUGAUAGUGGCUACGGAGGAUAGAGAAUAUACAAAUUAUGAAAGUUUGAAAGUGUCAAGCAUGUAUCCAUGCAAUUCGCAUAAUGAAUUUUCAUCGAUCAGACAGCUAAUUUUUGUACAUUAAUUUGAAACUCGUAUUAUAUUAUACAAGUAAGAGAUUUUGAACGUUUACGUUUACUUAUAUCGAUGCGAUCAGCUAUUGUGAAAAUAUUAUUUAACAUUUCCAAGCAUAGACAAUUAUAGGUUCAAAUUUACCAAGAUAGCUGAUAACUUUAUUGUUAAAAAAAAAUAAUAAUAAUUAAAACGUUGGUUCAAUCGAGACAUUGAGAAUUUUGCAUUACUUACGCGUGAUUAAAAUAUAAAACAUCUUCGAAUAUACUGGACAAAAAGAUAACUGACAUAGCGCUGGGCCAUUCAUUCACAAUAAUUUUUAUAUUAUGUGUGCCAAGCUUUUAUUGUUAUGCUUGAACGAUAAUGGCAAUAUGCACAUGCGUGGGUCAUAUGACGGUAGAUAUAUUUUAACAAAAGGAACUUAGUGGGCGGAAGCAUGGAUACAGUGGAAUGGAACUGGGUGUCCUUUUGUCUGAAGUGACGAACGAAAAAUCCUAUCUUCUUCCACUUUCAUUCCUUAACUCCUCCGAGAAAAAUUCUGAUUGCAGAUGAACUAUUUCUAAUAAAAAGACGAGAAAGACAAUUCAAAGAAGAUUCUCGAUUUAUAAUAUUGGUUUGAUUCAACGAUGGAUGCCAAGAAAAUAAAAGAUUCAAAUGCAGAUCUGUACCAACUUAUACAUGACCAAUACCUUAUUGAUAAGUUUGCUCAUCAGUUCUAUGAAACGGUUGAUUUAUAUAGUGAUUUGAAUAACAAGACGUUCGAACUAUUUAAUCACGUAGAAGAAUGUUAUAAUCGUCUAUCAUCGAAGUACAAAAAAAAUGAGAAAAUUUUGUUCAAUCAAAUAGAGUAUGCUCUGAAUACGAUGAUUGGGAGUAUUUAUUCCACGCGUGACUUAGCAAAUGAUUCUCCUCAAAAAAUUAUUGCAGUUGAUACGGCUUUUAGAGAACUAUCUAAAAAUUUACUAAAUAUCUUUAAUAGUUACAUUAACUAUAUUCUGAAUCCAUACACAAUUCGCGACACUUUAGAAUUAUUAAACAGUAUUAGACAGGGCCGUGAAAAUCAUUCGUUUGUGGAACAAUCCAACAAAGAAAUUGAAAAUGAACGAAUAUCACAGAUAAAUUUGAUCAAAUAUCAAGAUCCUUCAGGUCAAAUAAUUUGUGAAAAUAAUAAUGAAAGGCAAAUUACUGCGCCACCCGACCCUUCAUUUUUACCUGAAAGUUUACCGAAAAAUGUGAUUGUUAAUCAAGUGCCAAUGCAGACUGAAUUAUUGCCUGAAAUUCGUCCAAAAAAUCAAUUUAUCAGUGAACUAAAGUUAAUUCCUGAAUUAGCACAUGAAAAUUAUCCAAAAAAUGUACUCGUUAAUGAAGUGCCAAUGCAGACUGAACUAUUGCCCAUAAAUAAAAUAGAAAUGCAAGAUGAGCCAUCAUUGUCCGAAAUUGUAUACUUUGACUUGGAAACAAAUAGUAAUUCCUACGACACUGAUAUCCUUCAAAUUUCGGCAAAAAGUAAUAACCAUGUAUUUAAUGUGUUCAUUAAUUCAAAUAUGGAAAUCGAUGAAAAAUGCACAAAAAGAACGAGACUUCGCCAUGUUGGGCCACUUUUUGAAUUGUAUCGUGGUGAAGUGAAAUUAGAUACUAUGCCGAUAAAAGAUGCAUUACAACACUUUUUCUUUUUUUUAUCAGGAAUCUGCACGAAUGGUAAUAAAUGUUUAUUAGUGGCUGAUAAUGAUUCUGCUAAUGUUUCACCAUUAUUGAGAGCAAUACAUAGCAACAACGUAGUUGACGAAUUUGAACUUACUAUAAGUGGAUUUUCCGAUGCUAAUGAAAUUUUUCGUCGAAUGUUUCCAGAGAGAAAUACUACUAAAAAAAGAAUAAAAUCUCUAGCCAAUGAUUACUUACCUUUCUUAAAACCACCCGCUUUUGAUGAUGCUGAAUUCAACACUGAUGUUCUGAAAAAGCUUGUUGACAUAUUUAAUUGCAAAGAUCAUUUAUUAAAAAAUAGCCGGACAUACUCUGAUAAGUGUCGUGAUUUUAUAACGAGCCUCCAAAAAAAUGUACGAAGUCCUGCAAAAAUAAUGUACCGAGAUAAUUUACGAGAUUUAUUGCAAUUGAAAGAUAUUGUUUCUGAUCCAAUUAGAAAAAAAAUGGCUGAAUGUGGAAUGAAUGUUGAUUAUCUUGUAAAUUAUUUUGAUAUGUAUGGGAGAGGAAGAUUAGAAGAACUAUUUUGUGAACCAAGGCAUAAUCCAAAAGUAACAAAGCGCAAAAAUAUUGUCAAAAAUGUUUGCGACUUUAUAGAAAAGGAAAGUACAAAGCGUUCGAUUUAUAAAAAUAUUUGUAAAAAUCUACUAUUGAGUUCAUCAUCUACAUCUUUACUUUGAAGGGAAUGCCAAAAAAUUCAAAUCUUUAGUAUACCAGGUUUAAGUACGCGUUCGUGCGCUAAUUUCUCUCCACACCGCCAAGAAGUACGACUUAUAUUUCGGAAAAUGGCUCUUAAACGUGAACUUGGUACAAAGCUAAAAAAUAGUAUACGAUACUAAUGACUUUACUCGGAAAAGUGAUUGGCUCAUGAAAGAUGAAGCUACGAGAACUAGAAAACACGAUGCAGACUUACACCACAGGAGAUCGUGUUGCUUAACCUUUUCUGAAGCUGCUUUACGAAAAGCGAAGCAAAUCUCCACUGUGCUACGCAGUAUCUACCAAAUUUUCUAGCCAUUGCAGCUUCCUACAAAUGUCGCACGAUCAUGCACUCGAAACCGUUAAGCAGUCUUAGCAAUUGACGAAGCUGCAUGCUCUUUCGUAUAGCAAUAUUUUUCUGUUUAAUGUUUCAUGAAUCAAUCACUUUUUCUUGUAAUAUGACCACUAUUACACAAUGGCAA